AUGCGGUCUCUGAAUGGCAAAUCUCUUAGCUGCUUGACUAUCGGUCGUGAGUGUUCUGACGAUAUAACUGUGUCCGAGGAUGUUCCAGCUAUCAAGUCUUUCAAGAAGAUGGGUCUCAGAUCGGAACUUCUUUGUGGAAUCUAUAACUACGGUUACGAAAGACCGUCUCUUAUUCAACAGCGUGCUAUCAAUCAGAUCAUACAGGGCCGUGAUCUUGUAGUUCAGGCCCAGAGUGGAACUGGCAAGACGGCAACGUUCUGCAUUGGCACACUUCAACUGUUAGAUCCUACGCGGAAAGUGUCGCAGGCGUUGUUUCUCGCCCCUACUCGGGAACUUGCUUCGCAAAUUCACCAGGUAGUCACUGCAUUGGCAGAUCACCUCGCCAUCAAAUGCAUGCUUUGUUGUGGAGGGAAGAUUAAUGUCGGUCAGAUGAGCAAAGCUCUGCACCAGGGCUUUCAGAUUGUCGUUGGUACUCCCGGUCGUAUUUUGGAGCUGCUUCGAAGCGGCUUUCUAAAACCGUCCAGCCUGCGGAUCGUCGUCAUUGACGAGGCAGAUGAGAUGCUAAACCAGGGUCUUCGUGAGCAACUUGAGGAGAUUUUCAAGUAUCUUCCAAUCAGGAGAGGUAGUGUGGAAUUGGAUUCUUGUCGGGGUAUUAUGAGAUCACCAAUGCAAAGAGUCGUAGUGUCUGCCACAUGGACAUCGGAAUGUCGGGAUAUGAUGGAAAAGUUCCUCGAAAACCCCGUCUGCUUACUUGUCCCUAAGGAUGAACUGAGUUUGUCGGGCAUAAAGCAGUAUUACAUCGAUACAAGCGGUGAAGAGUGGAAAUUCGAGACGCUCACCGACAUCUUCGCCUCAGUAUGCAUCCCACAAACAGUGAUUUUUGUAAACACUCGACGCAAAGUUGACUGGUUGUUAGAGCGAUUACGCAUGGACGGUUUUACUGCUACUGCUGCCCAUGGCAACCUCGACCAGGCAACACGAGAUCGUGUCAUGAACGAAUUUCGAGCGGGAAAAAGUCGCAUCCUCGUCACUACGGACAUUUGGGCGCGCGGAAUUGAUGUACAGACAGUGGGUCUGGUGGUGAACUACGAUUUGCCGCAGACGGCGGCAGUGUACUUACAUCGAAUCGGACGAUCUGGUCGUUUCGGCCGCCGCGGGUUGGCCAUUAGUUUUGUGGCUGGUGGCAACGAUGCAGCCCAUCUCAACGAUAUUGCUAAAACAUAUUGUGUCACCAUUUCUCCAACCCCUCCCAACUUGGCUGAUCUCAUCAAUCUUCCAGAGGUGGAAAACACUCCACCCCCAUCCUCUCCAGAAAUCAUUAAACAGAAAGUUAUGACUAAUGACCAAACCCCACUUGUACGACCUAUGUCAGCUGGGAAAAAAAGAAAGCUUAAAGUGCUGCGAAACCGAAGGAGAAGACAAAAGGCUGCAGCAAAGAGACGAGUAUCUGCUAGCACACCCCAUUCUUGUAAAUAA